AUUCGGUUAUGGCAGACAGCAUUUAGCAUCAUGAAACUCCUGGUCUUCAGCUUGGCACUUGUGGCUGCGACUUCCGCUGCCCCGCAGAGGUACGACCUGCCUACGCCCUCUGGCCCAUCUUAUAACAUUGGAAGCUGUGGGGAAGGACAAGUGCGACACGUGGACGGCAGCUGUGUUACACCUCAAGUGAACAGUCGCGUGUUUCUGUAUGAUGUGCCAGCAAAUGUUGGAGAGGUUAACAAGCCAGACUACAUUCCAGAUCCUAAAGUGGAGCGCAAUAUCAUUUUCGUGAGACUACCGGAUGAUGCAGAGGGCCCGGAACCCAUCGUCGUACCACCCCCGAAACAGGAACACGUCGUGUACGUCCUUAAUAAGCAGUCUGACCAGGACCAGCGAGUGAUCGAGGUGCCAGCCCAGCCUCCUUCCAACCCGGAAGUAUUCUUCGUGAACUACGCAGAAGGAGAGAACCCGACCCUUCCCAGCGGGGUAGACCUCCACACGGCCCUAAAUUCAGCGUCCCAGGGCAACGGUCAGGUCGUGGGCGGUGGGGGAGGAAAUGGAGGUGGCUACGGCGGAAGUAGCGUCGGCGGGAGCGGCAGCGUCGGCGGGGGUUACCGGAAUCCAACGAACAACUUCGGUCCCCCAUCCAACUUUUAUAGCAUACCCUAAAUGUCCCUAAAUGUCAGGGCUCAUGAAAGCAUUUAUGAGUCAGUUAUGUCAGAUGUUUCAGUUAUUUCAAUUAUCUUAAUUUUAUUUCGAUGUGCAUGGGGUUUUGUUUCAUCUCUAAACAAAGUUUAUUUUUGAUACUUGAGAGUAAAGGUUUUAGCUAUGA